AUGUGCAUCAAGCAGACCUACACCUGCCCCGGGUGCGGCGAGGCGGGCAUCUUCGAGCCGGUGGUGCUCGUCUGCGCGCACACCUGGGUGCCGCACGGCCGCGAGAAGGCCUGGCUCGCGCCCCUGCACAUGCAGCACACCGAGGGCUUCGGCUUCGGCGCCGAGGAGUGGUUCACCUGCCGGCGCUCGCGCACGCUGCUCGCCCGCGCCGACCCCCUGCCGCGCGAGUGGUGGCACACGCUGCGCUGCCCCAACGAGGCCUGCCACUUCAACAACCACGGCGAGGCCGCCGCCGGCCGCGAGAUCAGCAGGGCCCUGCGGUGGAUGCACCACGGCGUGCCUGUCGUCAAGCUUGUCGACAAGCGCGACGGCGACGGCUCGGAGGAGGAGGAGGAGGCCGUCGCGGAGAGCGAUGGAGAGAGCGCUGGAGAGAGCGCUGCUGUGGUGGGAGCAAGCAAGGCGGCUCAGAUUCUCGGGCUCAGCGAUGAGGCGCUUUCUGCGAUGAGCAACGAGGACAUCAUUGCUUAUAUUUCGAACAUGGAGCAGAGCUUGCGGGAGGCUAUGGACAAGGACAAGGCGGACGAUGAGUUGGAAGAGACGACGACGACGAAUGUCGAGGGUGAUCCUACGAACAAGUCCAGCCGUGAUACUACUAUCAAGUCCAACGGCGAUGCUGUGUUGAGCUUCGAGGUCGAUACUCCGAUGACGUCCAACGGUGACACUGCUAUGAGCUUCGCGAUCGAUCCUCCGAUAAAGCCCAAUGGCGAUACUGCGACAAACUUCGAGAAUCAUACUACGAUGAAGUAUAGUGGUCAUGUUGCGACGAACUCCAUCGUCGACCCUCCGAUGAACUCUGACGGCAAUGUGACGAUGACGCUUGAGAAGGGCUGCGCGGCCGCCAAGAUGGCUAACAACGCUUUCAUUCAGGAGCAUGUGAGGAUAAUAACUGCAUGA